UUUUUUUUUUUUCUCUUCAGUGCAACCAACCUCCACACCGCCCAGAAAAAAUAUUGUGGAAUCAUGGGUAAAACACAGCCAGUUGACAAAAGCAAUGUCUCGCAGCAUGCAUCGAGUGCUCCGGCGGAGAUGGAUGGCAAGAGCCGUAUCAAUGAGCAAUUGAGCCUCUUACAAGCGCGUGGUAAGGUUAAGCCUGCUAGCGCCAACUCCACUUUGAAGAAAGUGAAGAAGGCUCCUAUGAAGAGAGCUCAAAAGGUCAAGAAGAUGAAGAAAAUGGAUCGUGCUAGAAUUAUAUCUGAAAAGGAGGAGCAACGCGUAACUAAACAGGAACAAAAGAGCGAGAAGAAGAAAAUUCGCAAAGUUAUUUGGGAAUAGGAAGGCAAUUGGAUACAUUCGGCAAAGCCAUCCUUUCAUUCUCUAAAUACUUGUAUAAUAUCCUCAAUAGAAAAUGCAAUUCAUCAUGUCACCUCACUAUUCAUCUGGUUCACUGUUUCCAAUAUACGCCAU